CUGCGAUUGCAACAGAUUUACCAAGGGCUUAAACCCGGCAACGAGUCAUUUCAAGUGGAAAUGGUAAAGCGUAUUGCGAAUGUAACAAUGGCCAUCGACUUCCUGCAUACGCUCGAGGAUUUGGGACGCUUCACCAACAAAUACAUUGUGCUGGAUUGCCCAACGGAAAUGGCCAAACAGAUACUCAUUCAACAUGUGCGCGAUAUAUCGCUCGGAAGAAGGACAUAUCACUAUUUGCUAAGCGGUUUGGUAAUGGACGAUCGUUGGGAGAGUGAAAUCAUCGAAUUUGGUGCCAUCAAUAUAACCGGAUUUCGUAUUGUUGACACUAAUCGUCGGUUCGUACGUGAUUUCUUUGACAGUUGGAAGCGCUUGGAUCCGGCAACAUCGAUUGGCGCCGGCAGGGAAUCAAUUUCG